AGAGUUACAAUGGCAGGCUUCUCUGUUUUCUGAAUUUGAAUUUUUUCGCUCUCCGUUCGAUCUCGUUUCAUAAAAAUGGAUUUCUACCCUGCGUAUCCAUCUAUGAGAAUUCCAUGUCGAACUUGGAGCAAUAAAUGGCUCUCCAAGCUUUUGCUAUCUUGACGACUGAGCUCCAAAUCCAGUUGACGGUGCCAUGGGCAUCUUCUUCCUCUGAAAUGUCCCCUCUCCCCUGCCAAAGAAUCAGAAGGAGAAGCUUUCGUGAAAAAGGGAAGGAUUCUGAGCAGAAAUUUGGUUUCCUUUUUCGAUUUCGAUCACAUCCAGCUUGCAUUUUCACUGUAGAUUUGAAGAAGUCAAAUUUCGUUAAAAAAUUCUGAGGCCGAAAUUGCUGGAGUAUCUAAUCCUCUCUUAGUCUAUGGUUUAUCCCGCUUGUCUUGGGGACUGAUUAAUUUUUAGAACGUUCUUGGUGGCUGUAUGAUGAGAAGGAAAGCAUUUGAACCGUACUGAUAUAACUAAGCUAGAAUUUUUUAAGAGUGACAGAGCUGCUUCCUUCCCAAAGUCAAGGGUUGUUCUAAUUCCCAAUUCCAAUUCCACCAUGGACUGUCAGAACCCUAAGAAAGACCAAAUAAGGGCUCUAUCUGUUUCAGAGCACAGUAGUCCUUCCAUUGCUGGCCUUCAAAUUAAAGAAUUUAGGUCCUCUGAUUUUGAUGAAGAUAAUCCUUCUAUCUCCUCUGUUGUGUUUUUGGGUGGUGAAGGUGGAAAAGUCUUACCCAUUGAAUUAGAGAUCGAAGAAGAAAGAAAUUCAAGAUGCAAGCGACUGAAAUUGAUGGCCCCAGAUCAACAAUGUGUUUAUCUGAGUGCUCCAGAGAACUCAAGUCCAUUGGGAUUGACUUUGAGGAAAACCCCAUCUUUUUUGGAUCUCAUAGAAUCCAAACUGUCCAAUUCAAAUCUUCCUUGUCCAGAAUUCAGGAAAGAGGAGAGUGCAGAUGCUGAUGCUGAUGCCCAAGCUCAACACAUAAAUGGGAAGUUGAAAGCUUCUAAUUUCUCUGCAUCUCUCCUGCGAAUCGGCUCAUGGGUGAGAACCUCAAGAUAUGAAGGGGAGUUGAUAGUGAAGUUUUACUAUGCAAAGAGGAAACUUGUGUGGGAGGUCCUAGAUGGUGGGUUGAAGAGCAAAAUAGAAGUGCCAUGGUCUGAUAUAUCUUCCCUCAAAGCAUCUUGCACUACCAUACCCCAGAUCCUUGAAAUUGAGUUGAUGAGGCCACCCCAUUUCUUUCGGGAGAAAAAUCCACAGCCUAGAAAGCAUACUCAAUGGAAAGUAACUGCAGAUUUUACUGGUGGACAGGCAUCGACUUUCCGGAGACAUUUCUUGCAAGUCCCUCAAGGAACACUGCAGAAGCACUAUGAGAAGCUUUUACAGUUGGACAACAGACUGUUUUCUCUUAGCAAGAAACCUAAUCCAUCCUCGGAUUCCCAAUUCUUUGGGACAGAGAAUCUAGAAUACCAUCAUCCAGACAACCACUCGCUCUUUUGGGUUGAGGAACAGUGUUCAGAUCUGCCAAAGCAACUUCUUGAGUCGGUGAUUAGUGAUGACAGUUCGGAUAAGUUCCGUUGCUUCACACUCUCAAAGGCAACAUUACACUCGAAAUAUAGUAAUAUUGACAAUGUUGCUGCUGCUUCUGAAACAGGUUCAGCUAGAUCAGCUGGGGACAGUUGUGUAGAUCAUAUGACUCCAGUUUCAAUUGGCAACUUGAUUCCUAGUUUGUUAGUGUCAUUGCCACCAACCUUAACUAAUUUUGGCAUGCCAAGCUUGAGCCAAUGCCAGCAGUAUAAGGAGAAAGCAGAAGAUGAAGUGGCAACAACAGGAUUAUUGAGUUACAAUUUUGGAAGUUCAGGUCUACACAGAGGUAAACUUAAUCCAGUACUCAACAUUGGCUCCACAGUUGACUUGAACUCAGGUUGCUGGAUUUCUGAGAUCCAAACCAACAGAAGUCCAUUUGGUUUGCCCCAAGAUAUAGGUCAUACAAGUAAGAUAGACAUGAGCUUUACUGGUGGAUUAUUUUGUUCUGCCCAGGGGGUUUGUAAUGUAGAAAGAGAAAUUCCCAGCAACUGUCCUGAAUUAUUGGUUGGUAUUUCCACAGCCAAACAGUAUCCUGUUUUUGGAGGAGAGGAUCAGGAAGCACUGGAUGAUAUCGGGGAGGUGAUUGGGUGGGAACCAUGGACACAGACAAGUAGAUUUUGUUAAUGAUUCUGCAAGCAUUGCAGAUUGUUAUCUUUUUUUUUUUUUUCUCUCUUUUUUCUUUCUUUCUUUCUUUCUUUCUU